CCCUCCCAAAAGUUUUAUACUCACUUUAGCUUCACUGCUUCAACAAUGGAGAUUCGGUGUCCCCGGGCCUUUCUUUUACCUUUAACCAUCGUCUUCUUUAUCUUCUUCUUCGUCCCUCAGUUCACUUAUGCUUCCGAAAAGGAAUACAUUCGACAGCCUCCCGGGCGCAUCAUCUUUACCAAGCAUAACCGAUCCGAGUCAGAGCCUCAACAGGUGCAUAUUUCGCUCGCCGGAAACAACUACAUGAGAGUAACAUGGAUUACGGACGACCACAAGGUGCCUUCGACGGUGGAGUAUGGCACGGCUCCAGGACAAUACAACACCGCGGCAAGAGGAGAGCAAACUUCCUACACUUACUUUUUCUACUCCUCCAGCAAAAUCCACCAUGUCAAGAUUGGGCCGCUGGAGCCGGCCACAACCUAUUACUAUCGCUGCGGUGGUGUCGGCCCGGAGUUCUCCUUCAAGAUGCCGCCUUCCACCUUCCCCAUCGAAUUCGUGGUGGUUGGUGACCUAGGGCAAACAGAGUGGACUAACUCGACCCUAAAGCACGUCGAGAGCAAGGACUACGAUGUCUUCCUUCUUCCCGGUGACCUCUCCUAUGCUGACAGCCAGCAGCCACUUUGGGACUCCUUCGGCCGCUUGGUUGAGCCAAUUGCAAGUCGCAGACCGUGGAUGGUCACUGAGGGCAACCACGAGAUCGAGAUAUUCCCCAUCAUCUACCCCCACGGUUUCAAAGCUUACAACGCCCGGUGGCUCAUGCCCUAUACGGAAAGCGAGUCUGAAUCCAACCUCUAUUACUCCUUUGAUGUCGCCGGUGGCAGCAUCCACAUCAUCAUGCUGGGGUCAUACACCGAGUUCGACUCUGAUUCGGCUCAAUACAAGUGGCUCCUACAGGACCUGGCCAAGAUUGAUCGGAGGACAACGCCGUGGGUGUUUGUGCUGUUGCACGCGCCGUGGUACAACACAAAUACGGCUCAUCAAGGGGAAGGUGAGAGCAUGAGGAAGGCAAUGGAGGAAUUGUUGUAUGGGGCAUGGGUUGACGUCGUCUUUGCUGGGCAUGUUCAUGCCUAUGAACGAUUUACUAGGAUUUACGACAAUGAGGCUGAGUCGUGUGGACCUGUCUAUGUGACCAUCGGCGAUGGAGGGAAUAGAGAAGGGCUUGCAAUGUCGUACAAGGAGCCAGCUUCACCUCUAUCGAUGUUCAGGCAGGCGAGCUUCGGACACGGGAGACUGAGGGUACUCAACCAUACGCAUGCACACUGGUCGUGGCACCGGAACAACGAGACCAACUCCGUUGUCGCCGACGAGGUUUGGCUAGAGAGCUUGAGCGCCUCAAGUACUUGCAUGGGUCAACAACCAUCUUCACUUAAGGAUGAACUUUGAGCACAAAAGAAGCCACGAUAGAGAUCCUUAGGUUCAGCAUCAAUCAAAUAGCAUGUUUGGUGGGUGUGGACUGACAUGUUGAGAGGUCCCAAAAGAUUUAGUCAAACUGCAUGUUUAGCAAGGUUUCUUUUCGAAUUCCUUCUUAGAUUCUCGUAAAAGAUGGCAUUCUUACCCUUUGUUAACGACACUAAUAAUUCCUCAAGAGAAAUUGAUUGGGUUUACACACUUUAUUUUCAA